CUUAUCCUCUGUCAGAUCUUGCCAAACAGCCAAGCAUCACAACCAAAACCAAUAAAAUGGACUAAACCCCGUAAUAUGAACCAGAAAAAGUGCCACGUAGAGCCGAAUCCUCCCGUACCGCCACCAGACCCAUGCACGCUACAGAAGAUCAAACAGAAGGAGGCAGCUGGAAUAACGAUAUGUCCUAAAGACCCUAUACCUGAACCUGAACCAGCUCCUCCCUGCUUGGCAGUCUGUAUUGAAAGGGUGAAGAAUCCACCGAUCCCCCCCACUCCUCCUUUUCCGAUAGUUUGCCCUGUUGAGAGAGACCCUACUGGCACUGCAAGGUGUGACGCCAUAUACAACGCCGACGCUGAGCAGCCUGACCUUCCGUGGCCUGGUUGUCCACCGCAGCCCCCUCUACCCCCACCACCAGAGAUAGACCCCUGCGAACUACAGAGAAGAAAAGAGAAGAAAGCCGAAUGUAAAGAAAGAAUGAAACGAUACCUCGAAUAGCCAUGGACCAAUUUACAACUAC